AGGCGCGUCCCCUCCGCUGGGCUCCACGGGCAGAAUGGGGCUCCCGGCGCUCGAGUUCAGCGACUGCUGCCUGGACAGCCCGCACUUCCGAGAGACGCUCAAGUCACACGAAGCGGAGCUGGACAAGACCAACAAAUUCAUCAAGGAGCUCAUCAAGGACGGGAAGUCGCUCAUUAGCGCGCUCAAGAAUUUGUCUUCAGCAAAGCGGAAGUUUGCAGAUUCCUUAAAUGAAUUUAAAUUUCAGUGUAUAGGAGAUGCAGAAACGGAUGAUGAGAUGUGUAUAGCGAGAUCUUUGCAAGAAUUUGCCACUGUUCUCAGGAAUCUUGAAGAUGAGCGGAGUCGCAUGAUUGAAAAUGCCAGCGAGGUGCUCAUCACACCCUUGGAGAAGUUUCGAAAGGAGCAGAUCGGGGCUGCCAGGGAAGCCAAAAAGAAGUAUGACAAAGAGACAGAGAAGUAUUGUGGCAUCUUAGAAAAGCAUUUGAAUCUGUCUUCUAAGAAGAAGGAGUCCCAGCUGCAGGAGGCAGACAGCCAAGUGGACCUGGUCCGGCAGCAUUUCUAUGAAGUGUCCCUGGAGUAUGUCUUUAAGGUGCAGGAAGUCCAAGAGAGAAAGAUGUUUGAGUUUGUGGAGCCUCUACUGGCCUUCCUGCAAGGACUCUUCACUUUCUAUCACCAUGGUUAUGAGCUGGCCAAGGAUUUUGGUGACUUUAAGACGCAGUUGACCAUCAGCAUACAAAAUACAAGAAACCGCUUUGAAGGAACCAGGUCUGAAGUGGAAUCGCUGAUGAAGAAGAUGAAGGAAAAUCCCCUUGAGCAUAAGACCAUCAGCCCCUACACCAUGGAAGGGUACCUCUAUGUGCAGGAGAAACGUCACUUUGGAACUUCUUGGGUGAAGCACUACUGUACAUACCAACGGGAUUCCAAACAAAUCACCAUGGUUCCAUUUGACCAAAAGUCAGGAGGAAAGGGGGGAGAAGACGAGUCCAUCACUCUCAAAUCCUGCACGAGGCGGAAGACAGACUCCAUCGAGAAGAGAUUCUGCUUUGAUGUGGAAGCCGUAGACAGGCCAGGGGUUAUCACCAUGCAGGCGUUGUCGGAAGAGGACCGUAGGCUCUGGAUGGAAGCCAUGGAUGGCCGGGAACCUGUCUACAACUCAAACAAAGACAGCCAGAAUGAAGGGACCGCACAGUUGGACAGCAUCGGCUUCAGCAUAAUAAGGAAAUGCAUCCAUGCGGUGGAAACCAGAGGGAUCAAUGAGCAAGGACUCUACAGAAUCGUGGGGGUCAACUCCAGGGUGCAGAAGCUGCUGAGUGUCUUGAUGGAUCCCAAAGCAGCUUCUGAGACAGAAACCGAUAUCUGUGCGGAAUGGGAGAUAAAGACGGUCACUAGUGCUCUAAAGACCUACCUGAGAAUGCUUCCAGGACCACUCAUGAUGUACCAGUUUCAAAGAAGUUUCAUCAAAGCGGCAAAGCUGGAAAACCAAGAGACUCGAGUCUCUGAGAUCCACAGCCUUGUUCAUCGGCUCCCGGAGAAGAAUCGGCAGAUGUUGCAGCUGCUCAUGAACCACCUGGCAAAUGUUGCCAACAACCACAAGCAGAACUUGAUGACUGUGGCAAACCUUGGCGUGGUGUUUGGACCCACCUUGCUGCGGCCUCAGGAAGAAACAGUGGCAGCCAUCAUGGACAUCAAGUUUCAGAACAUUGUCAUUGAGAUCUUAAUAGAGAACCAUGAAAAGAUAUUCAACACCGUGCCCGACGUGCCCCUCACCAAUGCCCAGCUACACCUGUCCCGGAAGAAAAGCAGCGACUCUAAACCCCCAUCCUGCAGCGAGAGGCCCCUGACGCUCUUCCAUGCUAUGCCGUCUACAGAAAAACAGGAGCAAAGGAACAGCAUCAUCAACUCCAGUUUGGAAUCAGUAUCCUCCAGUGCAAACAGCAUCCUUAAUUCUAGCAGCAGCCUGCAGCCCAAUAUGAACUCCAGUGACCCAAACCUGGAUGUGGUCAAACCUACUCGACCCAAUUCACUCCCCCCGAAUCCAAGCCCAACUUCACCCCUCUCGCCAUCAUGGCCCAUGUUCUCGGCGCCAUCCAGCCCUAUGCCCACCUCAUCCACGUCCAGCGACUCAUCCCCCGUCAGCACACCGUUCCGGAAGGCAAAGGCCUUGUAUGCCUGCAAAGCCGAACACGACUCUGAGCUUUCCUUCACGGCAGGCACCGUCUUCGAUAAAGUUCACCCAUCUCAGGAGCCUGGCUGGUUGGAGGGGACUCUGAAUGGAAAGACUGGCCUCAUCCCAGAGAACUAUGUGGAGUUCCUCUAACCUGGAGCCCCCGGCAGAGCUGCUGAGCUUUACGUGGUCUCCAUGACAACUGCUGAUUCUGGCGUUGGGGGCCACUUUUCAUUGCCACUGAGAAAGCAGGGAGCCUGACUCUUGCUUCCUGCCAGCAUGAAUGCAUCUGGGAACUUGUGUCACGUCUCUCCACGAUCAUCUCAGCUGACGACACCACAGUGAUGCUGCAAGAAUUGGAAGUCAAUGAGCAGAGCAGGCCAUUUGAUUUGGAUAACCUAGAGGAAGGCUUGCAAAGCUGUUUUCUCAUGAGUACCCUAAACAGCGAGCCCUGAUUUUGUUGCAGCAGUCAUCCA